AUGACUUCACAACUCUCCAUCGACGUGACAGAUUUCUCUAAUUCUGAAUUUGAUGCAAAAGUAUGGAUUAAUUCAGUCUUGAAACCAUCAAAUACAAAACCUUUAGAGAAAACAGAAGAUGAAAUAAAGGAAAUGACAUCAAUGCUUGUGACAAAGCUUCAAAUGACUGGUGAAAGUACUUCUCGUCAAUUCGAUCAACUUUCCAACUCUGUCAUAAAAUCCAUGCCUAGAAUCAAGUAUGAAAUAAAGUCCAUUGCUGAAGAAGCACGAGCUAUACAACGAAAAAUAGAGGCAGCCAAACAAAAAUUCGAGCAACUAGAGAAACAGACAGAGCCGACACUUGGUCAGUUGCGUAAACCGCAUACUGUAAAGACGCGUAUGGAAGAAUGUCAGAACCUGUUGGAUGAACUCAAACUCGAAAAGAGUAAACCGGUGAAUCCAGUGAGUGUGGUGGAAAGAAAGACAGAGACGACCGUUCAACAAGAUACACCGUCAUUGGAUCCUGCAACGAUCCUAGACUUGGAAAACCCAUUACAAAUUUAUCAAAAUACCCAAGACAACAACAAUAAUAAUAAUAAUAACGCUCAAGCGAAUAAUGUCUUCAAAAAGAUGAAUGUGCCGCUAUGGCAAUAGAAAAAAUGACGCAUCUUGUUUCAACUGUAUGAAAAACAGCAGUGUAAUAUUGGAGACUGUAGGCAAAAGGGUUAUUUUAGUAUCUUAUUUUACAUUGUUUAACAAAUAAAGUAAGAGUGAAAUGUCAAAUUUACUUUGCAGGCAAUACGCCAAGACCAGUCAAUUAAAUUAGGCAAAAUUAAAAAAAGGGGAAAAGAAGCAGAAAUGUGAAAUAAGGGAGUAUCAUAUUAAGAUCAGCCCACAGAAACAUAUUUAUAACCAC